AGAAAUACAAAUUAUUUUAUUUUCGUUUAAAAUAAAUCUCUUAAAAUGACUAUUGGGAAGAAUAACAAAAUGAUUCAGCAUCUGAACUACCGGGUGCGAAUCGUUCUGCAAGACUCACGUACAUUCAUCGGAACUUUCAAAGCAUUUGAUAAGCACAUGAACUUAAUAUUGGGCGACUGCGAAGAGUUUCGCAAGAUAAGAUCUAAGAAUUCGAAAGUGCCCGAACGAGAGGAAAAACGUGUCCUAGGCUUUGUUUUGCUGCGUGGUGAAAACAUAGUUUCUCUUACAGUGGAAGGACCUCCACCUCCAGAGGAAGGACUUCCCCGAGUACCAAUACCAGGAGCUGCAUCAGGGCCAGGCAUUGGUCGUAUAGCCGGCAGAGGCGUACCCUUGAACAUGUCAGCUGUACCAGCAGGAUUACAAGGUCCAGUGAGAGGCAUAGGCGGGCCAGCUCAACAACAUAUGGCUCCGAUGGGCAGGGGCGUGCCUCGAGCUCCCAUGAUGGGAGCACCCCCACCAGGAUUAAUUCCUGGUGGUAUUCCUUCAUUACCUGGGAAUCUUGGACGUGGAGCUCCACCACCAAUGAGAGGCCCCCCUCCUAGUAUAAUGCGUGGAGCACCUCCUGCGGGUAGAGGUGGCUUUUAAAAUUAAUAUAUCCGAAUGAUCAAUAAAAAUUCUAUAAAGAAUUUUACAAAUACCUGA